AUGCAUGAUGAAGUUGGACCUGAAAAAGCCUAUGAUUCAGUCAAUUGGGAUUUCAUUCAGCAAAUGCUAGAGGGGGUGGGAUUCCCUAGGAAAUUCAUUGAAUUGGUUAUGGUGUGUGUUAGAACACCUAGGUUUUCCACUAUGCUGUAUGGUGUGCCAACGGGCUUCUUUGAAGCUCAGAGGGGUAUAAGGCAAGGGGACCCAAUGUCUCACUUGCUCUUUGCACUCUAUGAUCUUUUGAUGUUUUGCCAUGGUGAUAUCAAAUCAAUAUAUAUGUUAUUACAGGGUUUCCAAUUGUUCUUUCACACCUCAGGGCUGGAGGUUAACAAGCAGAAAUCUGAGGUGUACUUUACUGGCAUGACUCAGAGGGAUAUUCAAAGAGUGACAGAGAUUAGUGGGUUUAAAGUUGGGCAACUUCCUUUUACAUACCUUGGUGUUCCAAUAUCUACGUCAAAAUUGAAGGCUAAGGACUGUCAAGCCUUAGUUGAGAAGAUGGUGAUCAGGAUAAGAGUAUGGGGAACUAGACACUUGUCGUUUGCUGCUAGGUGCCAACUAGUCAAUAGUGUGCUCAUGAGCAUUCACACUUACUGGGGACAACUAUUCAUCAUUCCUAAGAGUAUCCUGAAAGAGGUUAACUCAAUUUGUAGAUGUUUUCUAUGGUCUGGCACCCAUAAUGACACAAAACCUGGUGCAGUAGCAUGGGAAAAGGUGUGCAGAAAUAAAAAAGAUGGAGGAUUGGGGUUUAGAGACACAGCGAUUUGGAACAUGGUUGCCCUUAGCAAACUUGCAUGGGGUGUGGCUCAAAAACAAGAUAACCUAUGGGUGAAGUGGGUGCAUGGUGUUUAUAUUAAAGAGUCAAGUUGGGCAAGUUAUACAGCUCCUACCCAUGCCAGCUGGGCAUGGAAGUAUGUAUGUCAAGCUAAAAACCUGAUGAAUGAGAAGACAAAUGGGGUUCAAUGGCUCAUGAAUGGCCAGUUUAGCAUCAAACAAUGUGCUGCAAUGGCUAGGAAUUACAUGGACACAAAGGAAACUGCACCAGCUCUGCAGGUGGACUAUGAAUAG